CAGCCGCAGUGUGUCCUGUACGAAGUCGCUGGGUUGUUGCCUUUCAAACUUUUAGGACAGUAAUACCUGUCUACUCCUGUGCAGCCCACUGUCACCAUGCCUCGAGGAAGAUCAGCCACGAGCGUUCGCUCAGACAACACUGAGGCGGACAUUGAUGGAACUGCAGAAUCAGAGAUCGCCAAGCUUCAGAGACAGUUCAGGAUCAUGGAGGGAGAUCGGCAGGCCUACAACAUCCAGGCCCGAGAGCAGAUCCGCAAACAACAGCAGGAGAUCGAAAACCUGCUGAAGGAGCAGGAGGAGCUUCAUCGUAACCUUGUGGUGUGUAAGAGUGCGUCGCGUCAACAGCAGGAUAGUGAGGACACCUUGGGUCUUCAGGCUCUGCUCGAGCACAGAGACAUGCUUGAGGAAGAGCUGGACAAGGAGAAGCAAUGUCAAAAAGAGCUACAAAAAGAGAUCUGGAGCACGGAGUCGAAGCUGGCAGAGCUGAGGAAAGGCGUGGUCAGUCACAGUGAUCCCCAAAGCUCGGAGACAAGGAAGACUCAGAAGGCCAUGCGCACUUUGGAAUGCAAGCUGGACAGAGCCACGACACGCUUUAAUGACCAGUUAAACAAAAACACCCAGUUUAAAAAGGAGCUGCAUACUCUUCAUAUUGAGCGCGCCCAUUUCCAGCAACUACAGAACAGGCUCAACAAGGAACUGCAGGAAGUCCGUAAGAAGAUCGGGGAAAUCAUCAGUAACUCCACUGCUGCUUACGACGCAAGGUUGGAGGCUCAGUCCAAGAUGGCCAUGAUCAGGGAGAAGGCAGUGAAGGACCUCGCCCAACAUAACGCUGAAAUGAAAGAACUGGAAAGGCUCAUGGCGCACGAGUUUAUCUUGAAAGAGUUCAUGUCCACCAAGUGCAGCGAGAGAAUCGAGCAGGACAACGAACAGGAAAUGGGACUCAAGCAACUGUCGGAACUGAAGGAGCAGAGGAGGACAGACCCUGGGGAAGAGUCACUGGAUGCUCUGGAGGAGGUGUUUGACAGGAUCCAGACUGUCACAGGGGAGGAAAACCUGGAUCUGCUGGUCACUAGGUUCAUCCAGGUUGAAGACCGGAACUUUGCACUCUUCAAUUUUGUUAAUGAGCAAAACAACGAAGCUGAGGCACUGAGGGAUCAAAUUAGCCAGAUCCAAGAAGAGAUGGAACAGUUUCGAGCUAAAGGUUUACAACAGGAGCAGGAGCAACUCUCUGUGCUGACAGACAUUGACAAGCAACAAAAGGAAACUGAAUCUCAAGCGGAUGAUUAUGAAAACCAAGCCAACGCCAUGAGCAAAGUCCUGGACGAGAUUAAAACAGGUGUGAACAGCAUCUUCACUGACAUGGAGUGUGACCACACAGUGAUUGAGGAUAUGCUGGGCUCCUCUGCAGGGAUCACAGAGAACAACAUAAUGUCCUACCUGGGUUUAGUGGAACAGAAGACUAAUGAGCUGCUCUCUGUACAGGCUUUCAUCAACUCUAAAGAUGUGGAGAAGGACUACAAUCCAAAAGACCUGGCUAAAUUCCUCUUGGGUCAGAAUCCAAAGCUUCUUCAGCAAAAUAUUAGCAUCCAACCUGCAGUCAAGAGUGUGGACUACGAUGCAGAAGAAUCUCCAGUUACUGAUGAGGAAGAGCGGCCACUUUCACAAGGGGAACUUCGCAGAAAAAUACUGAAAGGGGUUCAGCAGAAAGAGAGUUCUGCCCGUCAGGCGACCAAAUCUUCAAAGACCAGUCAGCAGUUUGACGGCAGACGGCGCUCUGCGGAAGACGCGCUAAUCUGACACGCUGACCUGAUCAGCGUUAAUGUGCAGAUAUUAAAAUUCAGAUCCUCAUAAAUUACCGUAAUAAAAAUCAGUGGAGGCCGUGACCGCCUCAGAAACCA